AGAAACAGGCUAUACUAUGGACGAGUUUUGUCCAGGCAGAAGUUGGACGCCACCCGCUACGUCAGGCAGGACCCCUCAUAACAACAUGGCGGGCACUAGUUCCAAGUCGGUUUUGUUCGUGUGCUUGGGCAAUAUUUGCAGAUCCCCCAUUGCUGAAGCCGUCUUCAGGAAGAUGGCAACAGAUGCUGGGGCUGUUGAUAAGUGGGUCAUAGACAGUGGCGCCACAUCCGACUGGAAUACAGGCAGCUUACCGGACGCCCGCGGUCUGGCCUGCCUCAAGAAGCACGGCGUUGAGACGAGCCACAGGGCCCGACAGGUGACCAAGGAUGAUUUCAUGAGCUUUGAGUACAUUCUGUGCAUGGACGAGAGCAAUUUGAGCGACUUGAAAAAGAAGGCGAACUCGGUGAAAAACUACAGAGCGAAGAUUGAGCUCCUCGGUUCAUAUGACCCUCAGAAGCAGCUGAUCAUCAAAGACCCGUAUUAUGGCAGUGACGAAGACUUUGAGAAGGUGUAUGAACAGUGUGUACGAUGCUGCAAAGCUUUCCUGGAGGCGAACUCCUAACAACAUCCCGCCCUAAAACAGCCUUCCCAAGUCUGAUGAAUGAACAUGUAUUGUCAACCAAAUAUGUUUUGGCUGUGUCACACUAGCACUUAUCAGUAAAAUCCUGUUAUGAAUGAUAACUGAAAGAGUACAAGAUCCCUCGGUUUCAGCGUUGUGAAUGUUAUUCGAACCCAUACUGUGUGUACAUUCAGAACGGUUCUGCAUGGACUUGUUUGUAGACUGUAAAUUCAGAUGAUUAAUAAAAUAAAUUAUCUUAA